UCCUCUCGUCCGCGUGCAGGCCGGAGCCAGCCAGCCUCGCGCGCCGCGCACCCCGCAGCCUUCCUGAGGCGGAGCUAAACAACAUGGCAGAGGCUGCAGAGAGAAGGGGCGACGGCAUCGUGAUAAGCGAUGAUUGGCCAGGAUACAGUUUAGACCUCUUCAGCUACCCAGCGCACUACUCCGGAGAUCUGGACUGUGUCAUCGUCCCUCACGGAGUGAUUAUGGACAGGACCGAACGCCUGGCUCGAAACAUCAUGGACGACCUGGGCGACCACGACAUCGUGGUGCUGUGCGUGCUGAAAGGCGGCUAUCAGUUCUGCGCCGACCUGGUGGACCGGAUCAAGGCCCUGAGCUGCAACUCCAACCGCACCAUCCCCAUGAGGGUCCACUUCAUCCGGCUGAAGAGCUACCUGAACGACCAGUCGACAGAGGAUCUGCACAUCGUUGGAGCAGAGGACUUGUCUUUUUUGGCAGGAAAGAACGUCCUGAUUGUGGAGGCCAUCGUGGGCACCGGGAAGACGAUGAAGACUCUGCUGAAGCACGUCGAGUCUUUCAGGCCCAAAAUGAUCAAAGUGGCCGGGUUGCUGGUGAAGAGAGUUCCUCACAGCUCGGCCUGCCUCCCCGACUACAUCGGCUUUGAAAUCCCCGACCGCUUUGUGGUGGGAUAUGCCCUGGACUACAAUGAGUACUUCAGAGACCUGAAUCACAUCUGCGUGAUCAGUGAAAACGGGAAAACAAAGUAUAAGAUUUAAAGGAAGUGGACGGUCACAGGGACGCUUCUGUUCAUCUCAAACUCCGUUUUUAUUCUGACAUUCCUCUUAACUGCGCACACUGACAUGAACAGCUGAUAGUUUUAGCUGAACUCUUUACAGCACUGAUUCACCUGGAAAAUGUCUUAACAUGACGAAACUUGCUUGGAAUCUGUUACUAAAACAUCUGUAUGACUGUUUCCUGUGUGUUUUAUCAUGUUGGUAAGCAAUGAUGAAAUGGAAAGGGAGAUGCUUCAUUGAAGAAAUUAACAUUUUGUUUGUUCCCUCUCUUUUUUUAACGUCUCCAGAGGUGGUUUGUCUCUUUGAACGCUCAGGGACUUGUGAUCACUGAGCGUGAUAACUACCUCCUGUGUAUUGUUUUUGUACCAUUUCACUUUUUAUAGGUUCAUUUGCAAUGAAAUCUAACGAU